CUCCACACAAAAAACGCUCACGGAGUUCUAGAGAGAGAGAGAAAUCGAGUUCAAAUUACUUCAUAAUUAUAAUGAGUAAUUGGUUGGGGUUCUCUCUUACUCCCGAUUUCAGAAUCGAUGAUGAUGAUGAAGAAGUAAAAAAUUACGAAAGGCGGAACGAAGCUGCUGAAAAUACUCCUUUGUCGGUCAUGCCUUUAAGCUCUAAUGGUUCUCUAUGUAUGAUGGAUCCUUUCCCACGCUGUGAACCCACUGAAGAUUGUUGGAGGUAUGAGAAUCAUGAAAUGAGUACUGCUAAUAAUCCAGAAGAAGAGGGUCCGAAACUUGAGGAUUUCCUUGGAUGCUGUUACUCAAAUUCUCUUCCUAAUGAAGAACAACAAAUUGCUGAAAUCAACGUUAAUAUUCCACCCAGCAUAAAUCAAUCUGAUCACGAACAACACCAGUUGGAAAUUGGAGCGAACAUGAAAUUGAUUCCGUCUCCACAGAUGAUGAUUCAAAAUAGUCAAUUUCAGAGCUCUCAUCAUGAGUUUGUGAACUCUACUGAUAGUGUCUAUCAUCUGCCAUUUGAUGGAGCUACUUCUGUUUCUGGAUUCAAAUCGUGGUUACGCCAGGCCUCUGCUGCUGCACCAUUAAUGUCGUCAGCUGAAGAAAUUGUAAAUCCUAGCAAUUGCCAGGCGCUGUCGCUUGCCGCCGCUCCGAAAAAACGGCCGGUAGCAGUUAAAAAUGUUAGUGGUUCAAAGGAAUCAGUUCCGCGCAAAUCCAUUGAUACUUUUGGGCAAAGAACUUCGCAGUACCGCGGAGUCACGAGACAUCGGUGGACUGGAAGAUACGAGGCGCAUUUGUGGGAUAACAGUUGCAGAAAGGAAGGGCAAACUAGGAAAGGCAGACAAGUCUAUCUAGGUGGUUAUGACACGGAGGAAAAGGCAGCUAGAGCAUAUGAUUUAGCUGCUUUAAAAUACUGGGGUCCUAACACGCAUAUUAAUUCCCCCCUAAACACUUACGAAAAGGAAUUGGAGGAGAUGAAAAACAUGAAUAGGCAAGAGUUUGUAGCACACUUGAGAAGGAAAAGCAGUGGGUUUUCAAGAGGGGCAUCAAUGUACAGAGGAGUAACAAGGCAUCAUCAGCAUGGGAGGUGGCAAGCCAGAAUUGGAAGAGUUGCAGGCAACAAAGACUUGUACCUUGGCACCUUCAGUACGCAGGAGGAAGCAGCGGAAGCCUAUGAUAUUGCUGCAAUUAAGUUCAGGGGGACAAGCGCUGUGACGAAUUUUGAUAUCAGUAGGUAUGACGUCAAACGCAUUUGCUCAAGCUCGACUUUAAUAGCUGGAGACCUUGCCAAGCGCUCCCCAUCAAAAGAUUCUGUCGUCUGCCCAUCUUCCUAUGAGGACUAUAGUUCAUACACAACUUCACCUCAUCCCAUUUUAGCCAUAACAAAUGGGGAGCAAUUGCAGCAGCCUGUAGAUUCAUUCAUGGACAUGGUACCGUUGAUGGGUGCUGCAGGAUCAAGCAGCAGGAGUUCUUCUAAUGCCCCAAGUCCCAAAUGCUCUGGCUCUGGUGAAAUGAGUUGUGAUUUUGGGGUCGGAUUAGAAUAUCCCCAGGGAUAUUAUUCAUCCGUACAGGUUCAAGAUCGCAAGUUUGAAGAUGGUAGCAAGGGAAAUGAUGAUAAUUCUUCGAGCUCAGGCCGAAUUGGGAAUAUGGACCUUGUUCAUCCCGUUCCCAUGUUUGCAUUAUGGAACCAAUGAAAAACAGAUUGACAAAUCCUCUAGUGAUGAAUGAUGAUACAUUUCUAGAGAUUAGUUUUGCUAGCUCACUAGUCCUAAUCCUCCUUUCCUUGAGCCAAAGGAAUAUUCAAAUCUUGGUUCUAAAAUGCCUUCAAAUUAUGAAUGUUAAAUAUGUCUUUGGAUGUUAAUGUGUGAUGGCAAUGAAAUCAAAGAUUGAUAUAUUAGA